AUGGCCGCUGCCAGAGACAGCACCGACAAGGUGCAGGGCUUGCCUGCCACUGCUGGUCACCUCGACGAUAAGAAUGUCAACGAGGUUGAGCGUGUGCUGUCAGUUGGCGACGCGAAGGGCGAACAUGUCAACUACGAACGUAUCGACCGGGAAGUCGCGCAGUAUGCCAGCGAGACUGAAAUAUACAUCUCGGAAGAGGAGAACAAGCGAUUGAAAAAGUUGAUCGACAGGCGUGUACUUCCUAUCAUGGUUUUUACCUACUUUUUACAGUCUCUCGAUAAAGGCACAAUGUCUAUGACUUCCAUCAUGGGUAUCCGCGACGAUAUUCCAGUCCUUCAUUCAAAGCAGACAUUUGGAUGGCUCACCACUUGUAUCUACCUCGCUGUACUCGUUGUCGAAUACCCCACCAAUUGGAUUCUGCAAAGAGUGCCAGUUGCCAAAUACCUCGGCCUCAACAUUCUUGCAUGGAGCGUUGUACUUGCAUGCCAUGCCCUCUGCUUUAGCUUUCCAGCUCUCGUCGCUGUCCGAACACUGCUUGGUAUUUUUGAGGCAGUCUGCCAGCCUGCUUUUCUCAUAAUGACUUCACUUUGGUACAAGCGAGAGGAGCAAGCUUCGAUUGUGACUUAUUGGUACAUGAUGAACGGUAUGCAACAGAUCGUUGGUGGUCUCUUGGCCUACUGCUUUUCACAAAUCAGACAUCCAAGCUUCAAGAGUCACCCUGGGACUGCAUCAAUUCGGUCAUGGCAGGCUAUCUUCAUCACCUACGGCUGCAUCUCUUUUUUGUGGGGGUUGUUUGUCGUUUGGAGACUUCCCGACAGCCCUAUGCGUGCAAAGUGCUGGUCGGAAGAAGACAAGAAGCUGAUGGUCGAACGCGUACGCUCCAACCAGACUGGUCUUCAAAAUAAAAAAUUCCGUGCAUACCAAUUCAAAGAAGCACUUCUCGACCCCCAGACAUACUGCUACAUGGGUAUCCAGAUAUUCACCACACUUCCUACUUCUGGACUUGGUGCUUUCUAUAACAUCAUCGUCCAAGGACUCGGAUUCAGUAUUCUUGAGACUCAACUUCUGGCCAUGGUUCUCGGCGCCAUUAUUAUUUUCACGCUCAUGAGCUCGGUCUACAUCGUCAAGAAGACAAAGCAGAACCUUGUGACCAUGGCCAUAUAUUUGAUACCAGCUUUCACAGGUACUAUUGUCAUCAUGACUGUUAAGAACACAAACAGCGCAACCCGAGCCGGUCUGCUCAUCAGCUACUGGAUUGUUUUUACCUUUUGGGCAGCCCAAGGUCUCGGUAUGUCCAUGCUGACGCGUAACGUCGGAGGGCAGACCAAGAAGUCCGUCUGCAUCACUAUGAACUUCUUUGCCUGGUGCGCCGGCAACGCUAUUGGCCCCAAGGUCUUCUUCGACAACGAUCCUCGCUAUCUCAAGACGCUAGCUAUCCAUCUCGGCUGCUACUCUGCACUCGUCUGUGUCAUUAUCUUUUUGCGGUUCAAUCUCACGCUCCGUAACAAGAAGAAGGACCGCGAGUUUGGCACUGAAAUUAACAAUGCUCAUGGCUUCGAGGACUUGACGGAUAGAGAGAAUCCCAACUUCCGUUAUGUUUACUAG